GCAGUUUCGUGUCGAGUCUUCAGUGUUUCUCCGCGCUUCCGUUCGUGCGUUUUGGUUGUGGUUCGUUGUGAAAGAGAGUCGGUUAAGCUUAGAAGUUGAAAUUGUGUUUUGCGGAGAGAAGUUAUAAAGUCAUCGCCUUUCAAAUAAUUUGAAGAAAAUGGCUGAAAGUAAGGGUGCAUUGAUUGCGAAAACAGUGCAAAAACAUGCAGGCAGAGCAAAAGAGAAGUUUCUUCAAAAUUUAGGCAAAGUGGAUAGAACAGCAGAUGACAUAUUCGACGAACAUUUGCAGAAUUUUAUGAGACAACAAAAUGCCGCAAACAGAUUGCAAAAAGAGUUCAACAAUUACAUCAGGUGUGUUCGAGCGGUGCAAGCAGCGUCUAAAACUCUCAUGGAUUCUUUGAACGAGAUCUACGAAAGUCAAUGGACUGGCCAUGAUCUUUUAUACGUGCAAGCUCAAAAUCUCGAUAUGUUGUGGCAAGAUUUCACUCAUAAACUUGCGGAUCAAGUUCUCGUGCCUCUCAACACAUAUCAGAGCCAAUUUCCAGAAAUGAGGAAAAAAAUUGACAAACGUGGACGGAAAUUGGUAGAUUAUGACAGUCAAAGACAUAAUUUCCAAUCACUACAGUGUAAUCCAAGGAAACGGGAUGAACUCAAAGUUUCUCGAGGAAAGGAAUUAUUGGAAGAAGCUAAGCGUACAUAUGAACAACUUAAUUCCGAACUUCAUGAUGAAUUACCUGCCUUAUAUGAUUCACGUGUUCUUUUUCUUGUUACUAAUUUGCAAACAUUGUUUGCUGCUGAACAAGUAUUUCACACUGAAAGUGCUAAGGUAUAUUCUGAAUUAGAAGCAAUCGUCGAUAAACUUGCUAACGAAAGCCAGAGAGGAUCAUAUACACUGAAGAAGAAUACAGAACCUCAGUCUCCAAAAUCACCUAACGCCAAUUCUGCUUUAAUAAUCAACACACAACCAGCUCAGAAUAAUAUUUCACCAGCCGUGGAUGAUUCUGCUCCAGCAGCAAGAAACACAUCACCGACUACUCAAUUAAAUGGCAAUGCUAACAGCAAUGCUAACAGCAAUGAUAAUUCUCUCAAUAAUCAGGAUGCAUCUCCGCAAAACACAGUUACGGCCUCUAAGCGAGUAGAAGAGUUGUAUGAUAUUCCUGUUGGGGCAACGACUGACAACUUGCCACCUGGGGUUUUAUACAGAGUCAAGGCUACUUACAAAUAUAGACGCGAAGAUGUGGAUGAAUUGUCAUUUGAUGUCGGUGAUAUUAUUCGUGUAGUAGAAUAUGAUGAUCCAGAAGAACAGGAACAAGGUUGGUUAAUGGGCAUCAAAGAAGGUACAAAUGAAAAGGGUAUGUUUCCAGCGAAUUUCACGAAACCACUGUGAAAGCUUUAUUAAAUUCGUCUAUUACACUCCAAUGCUCACUAAAACAGCGUAUUCUAUUUUAAGAAUAGUUACAAGAUUAAAAGUGAGAAUCAUACAGUCAUCUGAGAUAUUAUAUAUAUAUAUAAAAAAUAAAUAAUUAAUAUUAAUAACAAUGAGGGGCAAUGGGAAGGAGAAAGGGGUGUGAUAAGAUAGUUAUGCUGGAGGUACUGUGGAAAAAAUUAAACACCCCAAAGUGCCUUAACCCAGCCACUGUCUGUGCCAACAUUCAUUGUUUAUAAUAUGGGAUUAUUCUCCCUGUAUCCAAUGUACGAAUACACAUCAUUAAUAAUCAAAUGAAAUAUUUAAGUAAUUAAAUAAUAUAUUGUAAUACAUCAUGCAGUACUAUAAUAUAAACCUUAUAUAUUAAAUUAAUAUUAUUUUAUGAAAUUGUACAUAGAAUUAUACAUUUUAAGAAUAUUUUAUGAAAUAACUUUGUGGCUACUGAAAUUAUUAGUAAAAACUAAUGUAAUGUUUAAGAUAUUAUAAUGUUCUCAGAAUCAUCAAAACUUAAAAAUUUAAUUAUCUAUUUACAUUAAGAUUUUGUUUAUUUAAAAAAAAAAUUAAAACGAAACUUAAAUUAAAAUGUUAACGUAAAUGACAAAUGCCAAAUUUUGAACAACAAAUUUUCGAUAAUAUAAUGAAUUAUACAAUUAAUACAUCCCUAGUUUGAUAUUUUAUUAAAUAUAAUAUGUUAAAAUAUUUAAAUAAUGAAAGAGAACAGAAUUUUCUAUAUAAUUCUAUUGACAGGAGUAUUAUAUAAUCAAUUAAUAAUAUAUACAUAUUUGAAGAUUUGUGUUUUUAAAAUUUUAUUUAUAUUUUUUAAUAAUAUGUAUACAUCAUAUUUAUUCAAUGACUAAUUCAAUGAUAUUUUUCCAGUAUACGUGUAGAAAAUAGGAUGGUGGUGAUUAAUUAAAUUAUUACUGCCUUUAUUAUAGCAAGAAUAGAAUUAAUAUCAAUCAAGAUAAACAAUUUGUAGUGUUAAUUAAUACUCGUUAAAUAGAUUUAUUAAGAAAAUUUGACAUCAAAUUUUACGUAAAAAUUAGUAUUACGAUAAUAGAUUAUAAAAUAGUACAAGGAGACUACUGAUUUCAGCUUCCAUUAAGUUGUGUGUCCUUUUAUUUUAUUGUAAUGAUCUAAGAUACAGAACAUAAGAAAGUUGGAUUGUUUAUAAAUGAAAAGUUUUAUGGUUGAACGAUUGAUCCAUUGUCACACUAAUUAUUAACCCCAUGUACAAAUCGAAAUUAUAGGUUAAUUAAAGUGUGAAACAUUGCAAGUGCAUGUUAAAAAAUAUAUUGAUUAUAUGUUACAAUUAUGUAAUUAUGAUAAUGAUAGUGGACAGACUAAUAUAUAUGGACUAAUAUUUAUAUUCUAUGAAGUGGACCAACAGAAAAAUAUAUGAAAAAUAAAAAAAAAUUUUAAUAAUAAUAAUAGUAAAGCAAUAGUCAUCAGUGUAUUCUGUUUUUAAUUGUAACUAGUCUAGUAAUUAGACUAGAGUCUAGUAAUUCGUGCAAAAAUUUCAUAAAUUUUCAAUUCAUAUCAAAAAUAUAUAUAUAUAAUAAAUUUAAUAUAUAAAAAAAAUAAUACUUUUAUAACACAUCAUGCUUCACUUUAAUAUUAUUUUUGCAGUUAAUUUAUUAUAUAAUUUGAAUAAAUACAUAAGUACAUUCCAUUCAACUACUGAUAAAUGAAUAAUCAUUAACAAAAUUUUCAAUAAUCGGUAUAAAAUUUGAACAUAUAAUUUAUUUCAUUGGAUUUGAUAUAUGUACUUGUUAUAUUAUACUAUAAUUAAUACUUAUAUAACUUAAAAGUGAAGUAUGAAAAGUGUUUAUUUUAAAUUAUCUUAUUUUAUUCUUAUAUAUAAUAUGCAGCAAUUAAAAAACAAAUAUCUUUAACAUUUAUAUUAUGAAUGUGCCAAAUUAAUACAGCAUUUUAUAUAUCAAGAAUGUGAAGUCAUUUAUACAAAUAAUAGUCAAAAAAUGAACUAAAAUUUUGAUAUUAUUUUAAAAAGUUAUAAAUGUUAAAAACAGAAAUCUUUAUAAAAAUAUUUAAAACUAUACACAUUUUAGCAAUAAUAUAAAUAGUAUUAAUUAUUUGGUAGUAGAUUUAUCAAUAUAUAUUUAAUAUAAUAAAUUAUUCAAUUUAUUGGAAAAUUAAACAAAUGCAUUUAAUUAACUUAAGGAAGAUAAGUAAUAAAUAUAUUUCUCUUCUUAUUUUUAAUAAAAAUAAUGUACAUCACAAAUUUGAUAAUAAUAUUCUAUAUAAUCUAGUAUAAAUUAUAAUAUUAUAAAAAAUCAUAUCAAAAAAAUUUUACUUAAUAUACCAUUUUAAUAUAUUUAUAUAAAAUCGAUUUAACUUUUAAAAAAUAAAUAAUUAAAUAACAAAUUAUAUUUAAAAUAUAAUAACUGUGUCUACUUAUCUUCUUUAUGUUGUAUUUAUUUAUUUAUUAAUAUAAUAUGACAACAUUUGUUAAUAUUAAAAUUCUAAUUCACUCAAAUAAUAAUACUGAGGUCUAAAAUUUAGUGUAGCAGUGGAACAAUCAAUUGUUAUAUCAUUUGUCAUUUUUAUGUCUUGUUGUUUAUUUUAUCGAAACAAUUAGUCAUAUCUUUAUAACCUUAAUAUAAACUAUAAUGCGUAUAUAUAUUUAUCGCUUUAAUUGUUCUUUUCAAUUGAAGACGAUUAUAAUAAACAAUUACUGGUUUGUAACAUAAGUGUUUAUGAUUCAAA